CGGAGCGGGCGACGGGGAGGCGGAGCCGGGCUCCGACCGCCGGCCUGGCAAAAUGGCUCGGCAGAGCGCAGGCAGGGCGCUGCGGGGGCUGCUCCGGGCUGCGCCGCUCACGCCCCGGGGACCGGCCGCCUCCUACGGUACUUCGAUAACAUCUGCCAAAAUCCAAGUGAAUGGAGUCCACCUGCAUUAUCAGCAAACAGGAGAAGGAAACCAUGCAGUUCUUCUGCCUGGAAUGCUAGGGAGUGGUCAAACUGAUUUUGGACCGCAGCUUAAGUCUAUGAACAAGCAGCUUUUCAUAAUUGUUGCUUGGGAUCCUCCGGGAUAUGGACAAUCCAUCCCUCCAUCUCGAGACUUUCCUCCAGAUUUCUUUGAGAGGGAUGCAAAAGACGCUGUAGACCUUAUGCAGGCACUGAAAUUUAAGAAGUUCUCUUUGCUGGGAUGGAGUGAUGGUGGCAUUACAGCACUGAUUGCAGCUGCAAAGUAUCCAGCUCUUAUCCACACGUUGGUUAUUUGGGGAGCAAAUGCCAGUGUUACUCAAGAGGAUGUGAGAAUUUAUAAUGGUAUUCGAGAUGUUUCAAAAUGGAGUGAAAAAGUUAGGAAACCACUGGAAGAGAUAUAUGGACAUAAAUACUUUGAAAAAACCUGUGAGGCUUGGGUAGAUGGAAUGUCUCGCUUUGCUGAAAAAUCAGAUGGUAAUAUCUGCCAACAGUUGCUGCCUUUCAUUAAAUGUCCCACAUUUAUAAUUCAUAGUGGGAAGGACCCUUUGCUGCCAUGCUCUCAUGCAGAAUACAUUCAUGAAAACAUCAAAGGCUCUUGGUUGCUUCUGAUGCCAGAAGGAAAGCAUAAUCUACAUCUACGUUUUGCAGAGGAAUUCAACAGACACGUAGAAGACUUCCUAGUAUGAUCUGAUCUGUAAAACUAGUUAAGAGUUUUUUUCCUUUUACUGCUUAGCCAUUGUACUUGUUUUUUCAUUUUGACUCGUUAGAUAGGUUUGAGUCCUGUAGGAAGGGACAUGAGGUUUGCAUAAGUGUACACUGAGAACACUGUUGAUGGAGCAUAGUCCUUACAUGCAUAAAGUCAGAAUUUAAGAACACAAGAACAGACAGUAAAAGCCUCAGUGGAUCACAGCACUGCUGUGCUGCAGAACUUCUGACAUGUGUUUAAGCUUGUUUCAUGUCACACUAGCCAAAUAGCUAUUAUUGAUCCAAUUGAGGUGUUUAUUUAAAAAAAAAAAAAAAAAAAAAAAAAAAGAGAGAGAGAGAGAGAGAGAGAGAGAGAGAGAGAGAGAGAGAGAGAGAGAGAGAGA